AUGAAUUUUUGGAAUCUGAUAUUGAAUCAGAUGAGCUAUUUGAGCAGUAAGUGAUUUUUCUUACUUUUUUGAAACAAUCACAUUUUUACAGUUAUCAAAAUGUGAUGGUGCCUAAUCUGUAUCGAAUGAAAUAGAAGAUGCAAAAAAGUUGAAGUUGAUCAAACAUCUCGAUGUAGUUAUUAAUGAUCAUGGAAAAUUAUUCAUUGAAAGAUCAAUAACAUUGAAAUCGAUAAAAUGGCAUAAAAAUCGAUUGAUCAAUUUUGAAUUUGUUGUAGAGCCAAUACAAAAACAAUCGAAUGUUGAAACACUUGUAAAGAGAUCACAAGAAUUGGAAUCGAAAUUCGUGGAUUUCAUCACGAAGUAAGUCAUUUCCCAGUCAUAAUAUCUCCUCAACUAAUUUUUAUAUUGGACAUAAUGGUUUUUUUGAAGUGGAAAUUGUGUCUUUCUAAUGAGUUCUUAUAUUAUUUUGUUCUAAAAUCGGCCCAUUUUAGAAACAAUUUCGCUAUCUAAGAUCUUUCUCGAGCAACAAAACAAACAUUAGAAUCAAAAUUGUAUCAAUUUCCUCCAAAUUAUAAAAUUAACCACCAUCUAGAAAAAUAUAAUUAAACAUUAUUUAGAAGAUCAGAUAUCCCAAUCGAACAAUUUGGUCAAAUAUGGCUCUGGAAUUUAUUCGCAUCAAUAUACAAUAUUGAUUCAACUAUUGAUAUACAGUCCGCUUUUGCCGUGUUUUUGAAUAGAUUGUGGUUUCAGCCGAUUGAAGCCGACAUAAAAUUGAAAUUUAUGAGAUAUUUCAAAAUAAAAAUCGACUUCAUUAUAAAGGAUUUCAUAAUAUCAACAUUGCACUUUUUGCAUUUUUUCUUUCACAGCCUGGCGAAACGUAUUCCCCACAGGCAUAAAUUUCUGACUUUUUUCCUUUCGAUUCCGCCCCCUGCCACGAUUACACGUUCCACGUUUUUUAAAUAAUUUUUCGAUUUCAUCUUUUUUCUCCACUAAAUUUCGAAAUGCAGAAAAUCAGAAAUAAUUAUUCAUUGAAAAAAAAACGUGCCGCACCUUGCCAAAUAAAUCCCGCCUUCCGAUUCAAGCGAGAAUUUGUUUUUUUCUGCGACAGGUAUUUCUGAAUUAAAAAAGUCAAGAAUUUAUGCCUGUGAUAUUCCCGCCCACUUUUUUUUUCGUAGUUGUUCAAGAAAUAUAUUGUAGAAUUCCAAGAUUUUUGAUCAUUAGAGAAAUUUGCAGUUUGGGUUACUGUAGCUCAAAAGAUAUGAGAUCACUGUAGAAUUUUUGAAUUUUUCCAGAAAUGUAGUCAAUUCAAAAACCUAGAUAAUUUAAAGUUUUCCACUUCUCGAAAAUGAAAAAUAAAUAAUUAUUGAAAUAAAGAUAAAGAAGCUUAAUCAAUAGAAAUAAAUAAGAAACCAAUAUAAUUUACUCUAGAAUGGGCCCAUUUUAAAAACAAUUUCGCUAUCUAAGAUCUUUUUUUAGCUGCUGGCUCACACAAAAAAACAAAACAAACAUUAGAAUCAAAAUUGUAUCAAUUACCUCCACAUUAUAAAAUUAAUCACCAUCAAAAAAAUCAAACAUUAUUUAGAAGAUCUGAGGUAAUACCGGUGGAACAAUUCGAUGAGAAAUGGAUUUGGAAACAAUUUGCGUCAAUCUACAAUAUAAAUUCAACACAUGAUUCAAUAAUAUCCGCAUUAUUGGUGCCGUGCAUUUGUUAACCCCUGGGCGUGGUAUUUAAACCAGUUACGAGAUUUUCUCAACUCAUUUUAAUUGGACAAAUGAUUUUUUUUGAGUGGCACUGAGAGUGGAUGGAAAUGAUGUCAUUUUAAUGAGUUUUUCAUAUUAUCUAAAAUGUGCACAUUUUUGAAACAAUUUCGCUAUCUUUUUUGAGCUGCUGGAUCACACAAAAACACAUUUCUUUUUAAAUGUAGAAUCAAAAUUGUAUCAAUUUCCUCCACAUUAUAAAAUUAACCACCAUCUAGAAAAAUAUAAUUAAACAUUAUUUAGAAGAUCAGAUAUCCCAAUCGAACAAUUUGGUCAAAUAUGGCUCUGGAAUUUAUUCGCAUCAAUAUACAAUAUUGAUUCAACUAUUGAUAUACAGUCCGCUUUUGCCGUGUUUUUGAAUAGAUUGUGGUUUCAGCCGAUUGAAGCCGACAUAAAAUUGAAAUUUAUGAGAUAUUUCAAAAUGAAAAUCGACUUCAUUAUAAAGGAUUUUAUAACAUCAUAUCACGAUGUCAAUUUAACACCUGAUGAUGACAACAAGAUCAAUGGCUGGACCCACAUGGUAAUUAAAAAUGUUUGGUGAAGAAACCUAAAUGAUUUGCUUCAGAUUGAUCAACGCAAUUUUGAAGAGACAUUCGAUCACUCAACCAUCGUUUUGCCAACGUCAGUAUUGUCAAGCACGUUCAAAUCAAAUUCUGAAAACGAGGAGAAAUUCUUUCACAGCCUGGCGAAACGUAUUUCCCACAGGCAUAAAUUUCUGACUUUUUUUCCUGUCGACUCCGCCCCCUGCCACGAUUACACGUCUCACGUUUUUAAAUAAUUUUUCGAUUUCAUCUUUUUUUCUUCACUAAAUUUCGAAAUGCAAAAAAUCAGAAAUAAUUAUUGUUUGAAAAAAAACGUGCCGCACCUUGCAAAAUAAAUCCCGCCUCCCGAUUCACGCGAGAAUUUUUUUUUUCUGCGACAGGUAUUUCUGAAUUAAAAAAGUCAAGAAUUUAUGCCUGUGCCAACCGGAAAAAUAUGUCGACGAAUUUGGAGAAACGCAAACACAAGCACCACCGAAUUCGUUGGAGGACACCGAGGAUUCAAUUAUGUUGAAAAUUAUCAAAAAGGCCACCAAAAAUGUGAAAAAAUCGGAUGAAAAAUAG